AUGUCCAUCCACAACUACCACCCUGCGCUAACGUCGACGAGCAACAAUCGCCGCUAUCCGUCACCGCCAACGCUACCUCGCACAGUCUCCUCUUCUAUGGCGAGAGUUCCGCGCAGUCCACCACGGUCUUCGAACUCCAACCUCUUUGGCUGGCAGCCGCCUCCCGGUGCCUCUCAUUCAUCCACUGGCCCGCAUGGCGAUAUUCCAAUACCUUUCGCUCGCAAUGGGCGCAGCCAUCCAUAUGUCCGCCCUCGUGCCUCGACGUAUUCCGCCGCUGGUCCUAGCUAUGGCAGCGCUUCGAUGUUCACAGUCGGGCCCUCCGCUAACUAUCGCUCGCCUUCGCCCUCAUACGGCCUGCCCUCGUCUUUGGGGCCCAACCGCGGCGCACAGUUCCUAGGCAGUGGCAGCCGCCCUGGUCAUGCUCAUCGUCUGAGCGCAAGCAGGACACCGCUUCCGGCUCUACUCGGCGGACCCCUGCACGCCAACUCCGGUUUUGACCUUGGCAUCGGUUCGUAUCGCAGCGACUCUUACGCCGACUCUCCGUUUGGGCGUCCCAACCCCUUUCCCGACGUCGUCUCUCCGAGCUUCAUGGCCCUACCGACAUUGCCCAUUCUUCCGAUGCACGUCGACCCGUCCCCAGCGGAUCACGGACAUGGUCUUUUCGGGGCGGGUUCGCUUCACCACGAUGCGGGCCUUCUCUAUACCCCAUCAGCGUCUCAUGCCGCUCAUUACCCAUUCCUAGGGGGACACGAGCAGGAGCACACGCCGGAGCCUCAGGGGAUGCUCCCUAUGUCGCACACAGUCGUGACGCACCCGCACCCUCCCAGCAGCGGGCUUGCGCAUGUCACUGUUCGCUCUACUCCACAUAGCCCAACCGUGGGCAUCACGAGCUUCAACGUCUCUCGGGCUCGGUCCAACAGCGCGACGCUCGUCGGGACCGGCGAGGACCUCGGUGCGAUGCAUAGUCCCCCUAGUCUCAGUGGCUCGGACUCCUCUCCGCCAGGGAGCCUCUACAGCGCGCCGCCUUCGCCGACCCAACAGGUGUCCUCCGGUAGCGGAGAGACAAGCGCGGUGCGGCAGGGGUUCGAGCUCGAGCCCGCGCCUCCCACUGGUGACCCGCUCAGCGACUUCUGGGGCGCCCUCACGGCCGAGGCGAACGAGGCGGCGCGCGGGAAGAACCACGCUCUGCCGGUCCGUCAGCGCGCGCGCGGUGUGGUACAGCCGUAG